AUUCACCAAGCUAUGGUAACAUCCCUGAAUGAAGAUAAUGAAAGUGUAACUGUUGAAUGGAUUGAAAAUGGGGAUACUAAAGGCAAAGAGAUUGACUUGGAGAGCAUAUUUUCACUUAACCCAGAUCUUGCACCUGAUGAAGAUAUCGAACCUAGUCCAGAGACACCACCACCACCGACUCCAUCAGCCAAAGUAAACAAAAUCGUGAAGAGUCGACGAACUGUGGUACCUAUUAAGAACGACACACCUGCCAGAGAUAACAGAGUGGUUGGUUCUGCACGCGCGCGACCUACUCAGCUUCCCGAGCAGUCUUCCUCCUCUCAGCAGAAUGGUAGUGUUUCAGAUAUAUCUCCAGUUCAAGCUGCAAAAAAGGAAUUUGGACCCCCUUCACGUAGAAAAUCUAACUGUGUAAAAGAGGUUGAAAAAUUGCAAGAGAAACGUGAAAAAAGAAGGUUACAGCAGCAGGAACUUAGAGAAAAAAGAGCUCAGGAUGUUGAUGCUACAAACCCAAAUUAUGAAAUUAUGUGUAUGAUAAGAGAUUUCAGGGGAAGUUUGGAUUAUAGACCACUGACAACUGCAGAUCCUAUCGAUGAGCACAGGAUAUGCGUUUGUGUACGAAAACGACCACUGAAUAAAAAAGAAACUUUAAUGAAAGACCUUGAUGUAAUAACAAUUCCUAGUAAAGACGUUGUGAUGGUACAUGAACCAAAACAAAAGGUGGAUUUAACAAGGUACCUAGAAAACCAAACUUUUCGUUUUGAUUAUGCCUUUGAUGACACGGCUCCUAAUGAAAUGGUUUACAGGUUUACAGCUCGACCAUUAGUGGAGACCAUAUUUGAAAGGGGAAUGGCUACUUGUUUUGCAUAUGGGCAAACAGGCAGUGGAAAAACCCAUACUAUGGGUGGUGAUUUUUCAGGAAAGAACCAAGAUUGUUCUAAAGGAAUAUAUGCACUUGCAGCUCGAGAUGUCUUUUUAAUGCUAAAGAAACCAAACUAUAAGAAGUUAGAACUUCAAGUAUAUGCAACAUUUUUUGAGAUCUACAGUGGUAAGGUUUUUGACUUGUUGAACAGGAAGACAAAACUAAGAGUGUUAGAAGAUGGUAAACAGCAAGUCCAGGUGGUGGGAUUACAGGAACGGGAAGUCAAAUGUGUUGAAGAUGUUCUUAAGCUUAUUGAAAUAGGCAACAGCUGCAGGACAUCUGGCCAGACAUCUGCAAAUGCACACUCAUCUCGAAGCCAUGCAGUGUUUCAGAUUAUUCUCAGAAGGAAAGGGAAAUUGCAUGGUAAAUUUUCUCUGAUUGAUUUGGCUGGCAAUGAAAGAGGAGCGGAUACUUCCAGUGCAGACAGGCAGACACGACUGGAAGGUGCGGAAAUUAACAAGAGCCUUUUAGCGCUCAAGGAGUGCAUUAGAGCCUUAGGCCGAAAUAAACCUCAUACACCAUUCAGAGCAAGUAAACUUACUCAGGUGCUAAGAGAUUCAUUCAUAGGAGAAAACUCCCGUACCUGUAUGAUCGCUACAAUUUCUCCAGGGAUGGCAUCAUGUGAAAACACUCUAAAUACAUUGAGAUAUGCAAAUAGGGUGAAGGAGCUGACGGUCGAUCCUAGUGCCGCAGGAGAUAACCGCCCCAUUAUACACCACGCUCCCAAUCAGAUCGACGACCUGGAGACACAGUGGGGUGUGGGGAGCUCUCCUCAGAGAGAUGAUCUCAAAUUGCUUUGUGAACAAAACGAAGAGGAAGUUUCUCCACAGUUGUUUACUUUCCAUGAAGCUGUGUCACAGAUGGUAGAAAUGGAAGAGCAAGUAGUAGAAGACCACAGGGCUGUCUUCCAGGAAUCUAUUAGAUGGCUGGAAGAUGAAAAAGCUCUUCUUGAGAUGACAGAAGAAGUAGACUAUGAUGUGGAUUCUUACGCUACCCAACUUGAAGCAAUUCUAGAGCAAAAAAUUGAUAUUCUGACCGAACUUAGAGAUAAAGUGAAAUCUUUCCGGGCAGCUCUACAAGAAGAGGAACAGGCCAGUAAACAGAUCAACCCGAAAAGACCACGUGCCCUUUGAAAUGGGCCUUUGCUGCUAAAGGAAUCCACGAACCUGUACUGCUGUAGCACACAUUUGUUACAAAACCCAGUGGCCGUAAGAACUCAACUACUUGAAAGUGUAAAAACGUUAGAAAUGUCUGUGGAAAUGUCCUCUUUCUUAUUCACCUGAAUGACAUUUUCAGUUUUGUGUGAAAUGCUCCUAUGAUGUCUACAAAAUGCUUCUAGACCAGACAGCACAACCAUGCAGGGUUCAGAUCUGUGAAGCACUUUGUUUAAAAUAUUUCAUUUAUUCGAAUUGUGAAUUUUAUGUUUGGAAAUAUUUGCCAUGUUUUUAAUAAUGAAGUAAAACUGUGGCCAUUAAGAAGUCACAGUAUUUCCUUUUGACUAUGUUCAGUUUUGUUACAAAGACCAGCUGUGCAGUUUUAAAUUGUGUUUGCGUGCAUGCACACCUCACUAGUGGUUGUACAUAACUUCUCUUCUACAGACAGCUGUGCUUACCUCUUCCCAUUCUGUGCCUUGAUGAAGGCUACUUAACCCUAAACAUCCUCUUUGUGAAGCACAGCUUUAAUAAACAACAUUCCUUAUUUGUCAAUAUAAAUUACUUUUAGCGUGUGUACAUUUUUAAUGUGUUUUGAGACUUUUAUUUUUUUUUGGUGGCUAGUUUUAUUUCACAGGAUGUGCCAUAUCAUUUGAAUAGGAACCGCAAGAGCUGUUAGAGCGGAUGAAGAGCUGGACAUUCCAUCCUCCUUGUAAAAAUCUGGAAUCUAGAUUUAUUUGAAUACCAUAAAGAGUGUUUAUAUAAAUCUAACAUUUUCUCUGUAAUUAAAAAAAAACCACAACAAAACAAACAAAAAACCCCCGACAAAACUAUAAAUUAGUUGAUGUAUAAUAAAGGGUAAUGUUUAAGUAAUGAGGAGAGUUGUAUCUUAGGAUAAUGCAGAUAUACAGUAUGUGGUAUGGUGUGAUAAUGCUGUCAGAGUAAAGGUACGAUCUCACCUCUGCCUAUGGAUAGGAAAACUGUCACAAAGUUCAGGGAUUGAGCUAAAUACAGACAUAUUUGCCUUUCACGUACUGUUAAAAUUUGGCUUUUGAUGCAUGACAAACUUACAUGUACAUUAACCGUAGUUUGCAGGUAGUUUGAGUAGCUCUGUUGCUUUAAAAAAAAAAGUAGCUAAUACCUAUUUUUCCCUUUGUACGGUGCCAGCAGCUGAAAAGUGGAGUGAAAUUGCAUUAUUUGGGGAUCUUGCACAAUACCUCUAUCCAGCACUAAUAGAAAGCCCUGAAUUCUCAUGGGGCCAUGUGUAUCAGCACUUUUUAGGUGGUGGCACUCAAGUUAUUUUUGCAAGUCAGUAUCCAAAAAAGAUUGACCUUUCAUGUAAGAACUUGUCAAAUGAAGAAUUGUAGACCUCUCUAGGAGUUCUCCCUGUUUCCAGGAGUUCAUAUCAGCAGCCUUUCCCUUGGAACUGUUUAAAAAUUACUUUUGUAAUACAAGCCUGUUUGUUUGUGCCAGGCCUGGAGAGAAAUAAAGGGAAGGCAAUGAAAAGAGAAAGAAAAUGAGCCAGGAAUUCUUGUAGUGUUUAAUGUUUGUAUCUCUCAUAGGAAGGUAGGCUAUGGGAAGCUCUUGUUGCAUCAUGGUUAAAAAUAAAAAAAAUCCUCCUGUGUGUAAACAUGAAAACUGAAACAACAAUGUAGAUUUUACAUAAUGUGUUUAAUAAAUUAAGCUAUUAAAUGAA